AUGGAACGAGUGCUCUUGUGCCUGUCUCUGUUGGCACUGCCUGUCACUUCGAUGCUGUGCCCAAAGCGUUGCACCUGUCAGAAUCUCCUCCCCUCUUACACGGUGCUGUGCGCCAAGACGGGCCUGUUGUUCGUGCCGCCCAACAUCGACCGGCAGACGGCCGAGCUUCGACUCAUGGACAACUUCAUCACUACGCUCCGGCACCGGGACUUCACCAACAUGAGCAGCCUCAUCCAUCUGACACUGUCACGCAACACUAUAAGUCUGAUCCUGCCCUACGCCUUCGCUGACCUUCAGGAGCUCCAUGCUCUUCAUCUGGAUGGAAACCGCCUCACGUCGCUGGAUGACACCCAUCUCCAAGGUCUGGUUAACCUGCGCCACUUGAUUUUAGCCAAUAACCAGUUGCAGCAUAUUUCCAAUGGAGCAUUCCAGGACUUUUUAGAAACCCUCGAGGACCUGGACCUCUCAUACAACAACUUAAUAAACGUACCAUGGGAUACUAUUUCACUUCUUGUCAGCGUCAAUACACUCAGCUUGGAUCAUAACCUUAUUGAGUUUGUACCUGAGGGCAUUUUCUCCAACCUACACAAGCUAGCUAGACUGGAUAUGACCUCCAACAAGCUGAAAAAGAUUCCUCUGGAUCCGUUGUUCCAGCGCAUUCCGGUUUACGCCAAAAUAAAAGGCUCGCCACUUACAGCACUGGUGCUGAGCUUCGGUGGAAACCCUUUGCACUGCAACUGCGAGUUGGUAUGGCUACGCCGACUGACACGCGAGGAUGACCUUGAAACCUGCGCCUCUCCCAAAGAAUUAGCCGGGAAAUACUUCUGGACUAUCCGCGAGGAGGAGUUUGUCUGUGAGCCGCCUAUGAUCACGCGCCACACUUCAAAAAUGUUCGUUAUGGAGGGUCAAGAGGUGAGCCUGAGAUGCAGAUCAGUGGGAGAUCCUGAGCCCAGUACGCACUGGGUGAGUCCGGAUGGCAAGCUGAUAGCCAACACAUCUCGAACCACCUCCUUUGAGAAUGGAUCUCUGGACAUCUUGACCGCCACAGUGAAGGAUUCAGGUGUAUUUACCUGCAUAGCAUCCAAUGCUGCUGGAGAAGCCACAGCCCCAGUGGAACUAGUGGUGAACCCCUCGCCUCAUUAUGACCCCAAACUAGAACCAGAACCAGGGCCCUCAGAUAUGCCCACCUCUAUAAAGUCAAACAGCAGCGGGGGGCAGAACAGAGUGGAACAACGGGUGAGUGUGACUGAGGUAACAGCCACGUCAGCCACCAUCCGCUGGCCAUCACAAAGCCAUAUUCCUGGAGUUCGGAUGUACCAGAUCCAGUAUAACAGCUCCACAGAUGAUAUUCUCAUUUACAGGAUGAUCCCGGCCUCGUUCAAGCUCUUCCAGCUGAGCGACCUGGCUUCCACGCGGGACUACGAGCUCUGCGUCCUGGCCGUCUACGACGACGGCAUCACGUCUCUCACGGCCACGCGGCUCGUCGGCUGCAUCUCCUUCAGCACGGAGCGUGACUUUCACCACUGCCGCUCGCUUCACGACCAGUUCCUGGGCGGCACCAUGAUCAUCGUCAUCGGCGGCAUCAUCGUAGCCUCCGUGCUCGUCUUCAUCUUCAUCCUGUUGAUGAAAUAUAAGCUGCACAGCCAGCACUACAAGCAGAAGGCCGAACGGGUCAGCAACGUCUGCUCGCAGACCAAUGGAGGCCAGCAGGGAUCGGCGGCAGGACCUCAACCACCUAGAUCCUCCUCUUACUCGGCCUCGACGAGUAAAUCGUCCAUUCCUCUGAGUCAGGAGAGGCCAGAGGGUUACGGGGCGCAGGAGGGAGGCUAUGGCACACUCAAAGGCACCACAGUGGUGGACUUGAAUCCGGAAUACGGCAAGUCAGUAAAGGAAGAGGACUCCAUAUCACAAUAACACAGGGUCAAACCCAAAUCCACUAUCCCCUCCUUGUGCCCCUCUUAUGUUUUAUUUUCUUUCUUUUCU